AUGGCGCGGGGGUGCCCGUUUGAAUCUAUGACAUUCAAAGAUGUGGCUGUGGAAUUCACCAGGGAGGAGUGGGUAUACCUGGGCCCUUCUCAGAAAGAGUUGUACAGGGAUGUGAUGCUGGAGAACUAUAAGAACUUGGUCUGCCUGGGAGAGAAACCUUAUAAAUAUAAUGAAUGCAGGAAGGCUUUCAGUAUUAAGGUGCAACUGAUUUACCAUCAAAGAAUUCACACUGGAGAGAAGCCUUAUGAAUGUGAUGAAUGUGGGAAAGCCUUUGGUAGGAGGGCAGUAGUUACUCGACAUCGGAGAAUUCAUACUGGAGAGAAACCUUAUGAAUGUAAUGAAUGUGGAAAGGCCUUCAUUGUGAGGUCACAGCUUAAGAUACAUCAGCGAAUUUAUACUAGAGAAAGGCCUUAUGAAUGCAAUGAAUGUGGAAAGGGUUUCCCUCAGAAGAAAUACCUGCUUGUACAUCAGCGAAUUCAUACUGGAGAGAAACCUUAUAAAUGUAAUGAAUGUGGAAAGGCCUUCUAUGUAAAGGUAGACCUGACUCAGCAUCUGAGGAUUCAUACUGGAGAGAAACCUUAUGAAUGUAGUGAAUGUGGGAAGGCCUUUAUUGUGAAGACACAGCUUAAGGUGCAUCAGAGAAUUCUUACUGGAGAAAGACCCUAUGAAUGUAAUGAAUGUGGGAAGGCCUUUAUUAUGCAGUCAGGUCUUUCUCAGCAUCAAAGAAUUCAUACUGGAGAGAAACCUUAUACAUGUAAUGAAUGUGGGAAGGCUUUUAUUAUGAAGUCAGGACUUUCUCAACAUCAAAGAAUUCAUACUGGAGAAAAACCUUAUGAAUGUAAUGAAUGUGAGAAGGCCUUCAGUAAUAAGAUAUCUCUUACUCAGCAUCAGAGGUUUCAUACUGGAGAAAAACCUUAUGCAUGUAGAGAAUGUGGGAAAGCCUUCGCUCUGAGGAAACAACUUACUGUUCAUCAGACAUUUCACACUGGAAAGAAUCCUUAUGAAUGUGAUGAGUGUGGGAAAGCCUUCAGUCAGAAAAGUUCUCUUAUGAGACAUCAGAGAAUCCAUACUGGAGAGAAACCUUAUGAAUGUCAUGAAUGUGGGAAGGCCUUCUAUAUGAAGGGAGAAUUUACUCAGCAUCAAAGAUUUCAUCCUGGAGGGAAGCUUUUUAAUUAUAAUGAAUGUGGGAAGGCCUUCAAUGUGAGGUCAAAACUUACUCUACAUCAGAGAGUUCAUACUGGAGAGAAACCUUAUGAAUGUAAUCAGUGUGGGAAGUCCUUUAGUCAUAAGAUAUCUCUUACUCAACAUCAGAGGUUUCAUUCAGGAGAGAAACCUUAUGAAUGUAGAGAAUGUGGAAAGGUCUUUACUUUGAGGAAACAACUUACUGUUCAUCAGAAAAUUCAUACUGGAGAGAAACCUUAUAAAUGUAAUGAAUGUGGGGAGGCCUUCAGUCAUAAGAUAUCUCUUACUCAGCAUCAGAGGUUUCAUACUGGAGAAAAAACAAUGACUAUAAUGGCAAAUCCUAUUUAAUGUACUAAAUAUAGAAAGGCUCUUCAUGUAAAUGCAGAACCUAUUAGACAACUAACUCUUCAUCAUAGAAUUCAUACUGGAGAGAAACCACAUGAAUGUAGUAAAUGCCACAUUAUAUCAUUGUUUAGUGUUUACUAAAUGUCAGAAAACUGAGGAGGAAGCCUAUAAGUGUAAUAAAUGUGGAAUGUCCUUUUUUGAGUUUUCUAGUCUUUCUGAGCAUUAGAGGAUUCAUGCUGGAGGGAAAUCUCAUGACUGGAAUGACUGUAGAAAGGCAAUCCGAGGAGACAGUUUAAUCAAUACCAGAACAUUCGCAAGGUUUAGUAGCCAUAUGACUGUGAUGAGUUAGUUACAUCCUUUUUAAAAAUUAGGACAAAUCCUCUAAAGAUAAGCAAAUUCAUACUAGAGAGAAACCUUAGGAUUGUCACGAAUAUAGGAAUACAUUCACUGUAAGGUAUCACGAGUAAUAUUCUUUGUCCUUGAGAAUAUGUCUCUCCAAGGCUUCAAAGUACCCUGUUGUUGUGUGUCUCCUUCAUUGCCUGGGUAUAGCUGAUUAUUAUGAUCUGACAACUGACUCCUUCACUUGAACUGGUUAUAGUCAAAAGUCCAUAACCUGAGCCUUUCUUUGACAAACUGGCAGCAUGCUACCUUAACGGGACCAGGUGUGUUUCCAUGCAUUCCAGUUUUCCUUAAGGGAUGUCAAUCUCUGUAUGAUUAAUUAUUUUUACAAGAUUUAAAUUCUUUGGACGUAUGGAACUGAUCUAAUAAAAGACAGUUUGUUUGAGACACAGAGGAUUAAAAAAAAAAGCACACCUAGAUAUUGACUUUGGAGACUUUUGAGUUUUGUCUAUAGAUGUGAGUGUGAAAGCUUGCAAAAACAUUUGUUUUAGUUGGCUUUAUGUCUGUUUAUAUGUAAUUGAGUCAAUUGAAAGCAAAUUAAAUUAGAGUCCAUUUUAAAGUAA